AUGCAACAGCCCUUGGAUUAUCCAUGUCCCCAAAUUUAUUGGGUGGACAACAGUGCCACCUCUGCUUGGGCUCCUCCAGGGUCAGUUUUUCCCUGUCCAUCUUCUGUGCCUGAAAAGCCGGACGAAAGAAGACUACCACCACCUCCACCACCGCUACCACCUCCAUCACAACCACCACCACCACCACCACCACUGCCUCCACCGCCCCCUCUAAAGAAGAUGAAGGACCACAACAUAGACCUUUGGCUACCGGUGGUGUUUCUGAUGGUGCUGGUGGCUUUGGUUGGAUUGGGGUUAGGAAUGUAUCAGCUCUUCCAUCUGCAGAAGGAGCUGGCAGAACUCCGUGAGUUCACCAACCAAAGCCUUAAAGUAUCAACUUUCGAAAAGCAAACACAACACCAGAGUCUACCCUCUGAAAAACAAGAGCCGAGGUGUGUGGCCCACUUAACAGGCAACCCCAGCUCAAGGUCCGUCCUUCUGGAGUGGGAAGACACAUACGGAAUUGCUCUGAUCUCCGGAGUGAAGUAUAAGAAUGGUGGCCUUGUGAUCAAUGACUCUGGGUUGUACUUUGUUUAUUCCAAAGUAUACUUCCGGGGUCAGUCUUGCAACAACCAGGCCCUAAACCACAAGGUCUACAUGAGAAACUCUAAGUAUCCUGGGGAUCUGGUGCUAAUGGAGGAGAAGAAGUUGAACUAUUGCACUACUGGCAAGAUGUGGGCCCACAGCAGCUAUCUGGGGGCAGUAUUCAAUCUUACCAGUGCUGACCAUUUAUAUGUCAACAUAUCUCAACUCUCUCUUAUUAAUUUUGAGGAAUCUAAGACCUUUUUUGGCUUAUAUAAGCUUUAA